AUGAAUGGGAGGUCAUGCAGUAUGAGCCAUCGGACAACAGGUAUUCCUCAUGGACCUAGGAUGAUGAUCAGCGGACAGCAGAUCCCACCUAUCAGAGUUCAUGCAGGAACGCCCUGCCCAUCUUCAAAUAGCAGCGCCCUAAGCCCAGCUAUUGGAAACUUGGCUGCCAACCUACACUUAAAGAUGCCCCUUGGAGGAGGGGUAGCUCCUCAGAGCAACAUCCUUGACAGUCCUAUUCACCUUCCUGCUCUAAGUCCCAGGAAACAAGUGGUUACAAAUGGGAAGCCUUUAUUACAAGUCCCACAGCCCCCAGGACUGCCAGCCCCACAGUCUUUAAAGCCAAAACAGCAAGAAUUUGGAAAUACUUUCUCCCCAUGCACAGGUGAAGGAGGUCUUGGUUACGGACCCCAGUGCAAGUCCAUUGGAAAAGGCAGCUGCAAGAAUGUAAUAGUCACCAGCAGUUCCAUGACAGUUCAACAGCUGGGACCUGUUUCACCUCCUGCUAAUCAGGUUUCAACAGCAUGCAACCAGAUCAGCCCUAGCUUACAGAGGUCUAUGGAUGCUUCCAGUCUGAGUGCUUCUCCGUCAGAUACAAGGUUGCUCUUGUCACAUGAAUCUCUGGCCUCUACGACCUUAAGCUUGUCAGAAAGUCAGUCCACUUUGAGUGUUAAGCAAGAGUGGUCACACAGGUACAGGACACUUCCUUCUGUUCCUCCUGACCAAGAUUUACAAAAUGGCAGUGAGCUGGGGGACGUACUAGAUUUUUCACCUGGAACAUCUGUGUCCAGUAACUGCGUCUCUAACUCAUUACAGCCUUACUUAUAUGGCAUGGAAAAUAAGCAUUCCCCUUACUCUAGUCCUCGCCAUUCCUCAGCCCGCUCCAAGAAGAGAGCACUCUCUCUGUCUCCUCUGUCUGACGGCAUUGGGAUUGACUUCAACACAAUCAUCCGUACAUCCCCAACCUCUCUGGUGGCCUACAUCAACAGCUCCAGGACAUCACCAGCGAACAUCUCCCCUCAGCCUGAGGUCUAUGGACACUUUUUGGGAGUAAAAGGAAGCUGUAUACCCCAAAAUUGCUCUAUUCCAACUGCCCAGAAAGGCCUCCUCAUGGCUAAUGGCAACGUCACCUUCCCAGGGUACGUUGAGAAUGGGGCUGGUGAGUACCAGCGGAUGCAGCAGCUGGAGCAAGCCAGCUUGCAGAUGGCUGCCACAAGUAACAUGGUGAUCCAGCAGGGCAUGCUGCCCGCAGGCAACCAGGCAGUGGGCAUCCUGAAAAAUGAACGGCUGGAUGACUUCUCAUGCCGUACGGUCGACAUGCCUCCCCCACCCCUGCUGCCGCCGCCGCCUCCACAAGGGCCGCCCCCACCAUACCAUGCUCACCAGUACCAGCAUCCACACAGCCUCCCCAGUCGCAUUCACCCGCUGCCUGUGCUUCCUUCUGCCCCAGUCUCCCUGCUUGAUGAAGACGGUGAGCUAGAUGAUUUCAAUGGCAAGCAUGGCUGUCGCUGGGUUGACUGCGGUGCACUGUAUGACCAGCAAGAGGAACUUGUGCGGCACAUAGAGAAGAUCCAUAUCGACCAGAGGAAAGGAGAGGACUUCACUUGCUUCUGGGCAGGUUGCCCACGAAGGUACAAGCCAUUUAAUGCCCGUUAUAAACUGCUGAUUCACAUGAGAGUCCACUCAGGAGAGAAGCCGAACAAAUGCACA